AUGGUUUUAUACACUUCCCCAUUUCCCAACAGCUUUCUAUCAGUUCUGCAUUCCUUUUCCUGGGGCCUGAUUUUCCCAUGUUAUUGGUUUGCAGACAGGCUUGUGGCCUCCUUUGUUCCUACCACCUAUGAGAAACGACAAAGGGCAGAUGAUCCGUGCUACUUUCAAGCACUCUGCAUCAUUAUUACCACUCCCAUCUACUUGGCACUGCUGGUGGCAUCUCUUCCUUUUGCCCUGAUUGGCUUCUUGUUAUGGUCACCUCUCCAGUCAGCUAGAAGGCCAUAUAUCUACUCCAGGCUAGGAGACAAGAGCCAGGCCAAUGGCGCUACACUACUUACUGAAUGGAAAGCUACAGGCAAUGGGAAAAGCUUCUGCUUUGGUAGUGCCAAUGUUUGUCUGCUACCAGACUCUCUGGCAAGAUUUAACAAUGUGUUCAACACACAGGCACGGGCUAGAGAAAUUGGGCGGAGAAUCAGAAAUGGGGCAAGCAGACCACAGAUAAAAAUAUAUAUAGAUUCCCCCACUAACACAUCCAUCAGUGCAGCCAGUUUCAGCAGCUUGGUCUCUCCCCAAGUUGGAGAUAGCACUAAUCGUGCUGUCAAUGUAGGCAUCAAAAGGACAUCAUCUAUGGAGUACAAGGGAGACAAUUCUGGCUCAAAUAACAGUGAGGAUAGCAGAGAUGCUAAAGCUGGAGGGGAACUAAAUGAGGGAGAGGACAACAACACAUGUAUCGUGCGCAUAAGUGGGGAGGAUAAUGGCCACAUUUCAGACCCAGAAGCGGAUGCCAUUAGUGGCCAGGCUAAUAUCAGUAGCCCAGCAGAACACUCCUUGGAAGGUGAAAGAGAGAGUCCAAAGGGUCAAAUACCCAACCAUAAGCAGAAAGAAGGAGAUUCUGGGAGUUUAGACAGCUACACUGCCUCGCGAGAGUCCCUGGUUAAGGUUCGCAUUGGAGAUGGCACAGUGGACCAAAGUAACAUCAACAACAAGCUCCUUUACAAAGCCUCGGUCAUGAAGAAGACCUCUGUGAGGAAAAAGAAGCAUAUGGAUGAAAUUUUUGACCAUGAGAUCUCUGCUUUCUUCCCUGCCAACUUGGACUUCCUGUGCUUGCAGGAAGUGUUUGACAAAAGAGCAGCAGAGAAGUUGAAACAGCAGCUCCAUCACUAUUUUGAAUACAUUCUAUAUGAUGUUGGGGUCUAUGGCUGCCAUGGCUGCUGUAGCUUUAAGUUUGUUAACAGUGGCCUGCUUUUUGCCAGCCGCUACCCAAUUAUGGAUGCUGCCUAUCACUGUUACCCCAAUGGAAAAGGAACGGACUCCUUGGCUUCCAAGGGGGCCUUGUUUCUCAAGGUGCAAGUGGGAAAUACACCUCAGGACCAAAGAAUUGUGGGAUACAUUUCCUGCACUCAUUUGCAAGCUCUGGCAGGAGACACUACAGUUCGAUGUGAGCAACUUGAUCUGCUUCAAGAUUGGCUGGCUGAUUUCCGAAAAUCUACCUCCUCCUCCAGCACAGCCAAUCCAGAGGAGCUGGUGGCUUUUGAUGUGAUCUGUGGAGAUCUCAACUUUGACAACUGCUCAUCUGAGGACAAGCUGGAGCAGCAGCACUCCCUGUUUACACGCUACAAAGAUCCAUGCCGGCUUGGUCCUGGGGAAGAAAAACCAUGGGCAGUUGGUACCUUGUUAGAUCCUGAAGGAUUGUAUGACGAAGAAGUGUGCACUCCAGAUAACCUACAGAAGGUGCUGGAAAGUGAAGAAGGGAGGAAAGGAUACCUGGUCUAUCCCACCAGCAAGAACCAUUCUUCAAGUCAAAAGGGGAGGAAGGCAUCACUAAAAGGCAGUGGGAGGAGGAUUGACUACAUGCUUUACACAGAAGAGGGUGUCUACCUGGAAUGGAAAGUGGAAGUGGAAGAGUUCAACUUUAUUACACAGUUAGCAGGUUUGACAGACCACCUGCCAAUCGCUAUGCGUCUGAUGGUAUCUACAGGGGAAGAGGAUUCUUAA